GCAGCGCUAAACAGCUGACGUCACGCUCACACGGGUUGUUUUCUAGCGAGCUCGUGUACUUCAGACAACAGCUUAAUCUAUCAUACUGUCAUUAAAACCUUGCGCAUUUUAUCGUCUUUCUCAGCACUUACAUUUAAGUUCAUUGUCUUCUAAUUUAAGCGGGCGUUAGGUCGCUAAUACUUCUCAAACACUACACAGGCUCGUGGCUAAUGCUAAUGGUGGCGUCGGGUAUUUCUUGAAUUUCUGUUUCAUUUCGUCAGGCCUUUUCAAACUGACACCGCCGAGGGAUUCAAGCGUUACUUAGCGUUUUGGCAGCCGAGAAUGAACUGGAUUUUCCCCCUGUCCAAGGGCUCUGGAUCGAUCCCUCCUCUGAACAGUUUACAGAAACAAAGACAGAGACAGAUCGAGUCUCUCAAAGCUGCUCACUCCAAUAUUGCGGAAAUCCAGAAGGAUGUAGAGUACAGACUUCAUUUUACUGUCAACAAUUCAACUAUUACUGUCAAUAUCUUGCUCCCUCAACAGUUCCCUCAGGAGAAACCAGUGGUUAGUGUGUUUCCUCCAGUAGGUCAUCAUUUAGUAGACGGUAACAAUGGAACAAUGGUUACCAGCCCGCUCAUAGCUAAUUUUGGAAUGCAUUCAGAUUUAGGCAAAGUAAUUCAGAGUUUGCUAGAUGAGUUCUGGAAAAGUCCUCCAGCCUUGAUGUCAGAUCCCACCUUUCCUUAUAUGUACAAACCUUCAGCAAUGCCCCCUUACCCAACACAGAGCUUCCAUUUUGUUCCUGCCUUCCAACCUCAGGAUGGUCAGCGGUCUAUUGGCCCCACCCCUGUACCACAUGCAGGGGUGGAGCCUCAACAAGCCCCACCCAGACCAGCAGCGCCAGCUUACGGACUCAUCACAGACCUUCCACUUCCUGUACCAACUGCUGACUCACAGUCAGGCCUGAAUGGACACAUAUACAAGAUGCCUGAUAUCCCAGAUACAUUUUCAGAACUAUCUGAGAUGAGUGUUUCUCAGCUGAAGGACAUGAGCGAUCAGGAUGAUGUGCUGUUGGACUUCUUCAUGUGUCUCCCUCAACUCAAACAAGUAACCUCUGACAAAGAGGAGCUGGUCAACAGCAUCGUAGAGAUGGCCAAGAAGAACUUGCAGCUUGAGCCACAGUUGGAGGGCAAGAGACAAGAGAUGCUGUGUAAAUAUGAACAGUUAACCCAGAUGAAGUCGGUAUUUGAAACCAAAAUGCAAAGACAACAUGAGCUCAGCGAGAGCUGCAGUUUGAGUGCGUUGCAGGCCAGGUUAAAGGUAGCGGCUCAUCAGGCUGAAGAAGAAUCUGAGGAGACAGCAGAGAACUUUCUGGAAGGAAAAACAGAGAUUGACGACUUCCUAGCCAGCUUUAUGGAAAAGAGAACGCUAUGUCAUAGCAGAAGAGCCAAAGAGGAGAAACUCCAGCAAUGUAUGAACACACAUGGACAGUUUCCCGCCACACAUUAAAUUUAACAUCCCACAAAGGUUUGGGAUCAGUCUACCAGCAGACCGGUGGGUUUGAGACAAGCAGCGCAUCUUGUGGUUUACAGUCUGGAAUGGGCAAAUGUAAAAUGCACACGACACAGAUUUUGGCACCAUUCUAUAAUGAAAUAAUAAUUAUUUGUUUUGCACAGAAUUCCUAAAAAGUGUUACGCUCACGCUGGUUAAUUAGAACAGACGUGAGCACGGCCCAGACUUGACUGUGAACCAAAGGCUGAAAUCAGAAGAGCGAGAUCUGUUCUUAAUAGUGUUCAGAAGCAGAAACCGAGUUCUAAGCUUAUUAGUUGUGACAAAUGGGAUUGGGCCUUGUAAGCACUUGAAGAUGAUUUUCAACAAUGUUAAUGCUGCCGUAAACAUACGACAAAAACAUACUGUAUUUAAUAAUGUUGAUAAAAAAGCCUUUAUUAUAAUUAGACAUUGUAUUAUAUGAUUAUUUAAUUUGAUAGGUUAAUAAAACAUUUAGAAUAA